AAACUUUGACACUUUUUAUUCCUUCUCUCUCUGCAGCAGCCUCAUUGGCUCUCGGUUCUUUGCUGCAGUCAACAGGAAAUGAAGAACUCUGUCCUGAUAGCAGCUCUGCUUUACAGCUUCUGUUGGACGUCUGGUUCAGUUUCUGGGUCUGAGAUCCUGACAGUUCAUCAGGGUGAAGAUGUCACACUGCAGAGCGCCAACAUGUUCUCUGAUGGUUCAGUGACGUUCUGGUUGAGAGUGAUUAAUCAAACCAAGACCAGUUGUAUCUCUGUGAUUAAUGGAGUUCAUACAACCAUUGAUUACUGUGAAGGAUUUGAUAGAAAAUCAUUUGAAAUUACCGUGAACUUCUCCAAUGUUUUACUCAAAAUUAAACGUGUAAAUAUCUCAGACACUGGAAUAUAUAUUUGUGGACGUUACCAGGGUGGAAACCUGAAGUUCACUGUGCAACAUUUACAUGUAAUCGAAAAACCAAACUACAUGAUGCUGUUUGUCAUUCCUGGUUCCGGGAUCGUUGUGCUCCUCAUCAUCGUCAUCAUUCUGAUCAUUCAAGUGAUGAAAAUUCAAAAAGCUGCAGAUGGAGACACAGAUCAUCAUCAGCAUCAGAUUCCUGACUCGACUGAACAGAGCCGCCCUGCAGAGGCUGAGAAGAAGAGGAAGAGGAGAAGAGCGCCGCCGGAGCCGGAGGUCGUGUACGCAUCCUCCAAGAAACACUGGAACAGGAACUGAACCGCUGCCCAGAGUGGAACAGAAAACUUUUUAAUUUACUGUUUGGGUAAAAACUCUAAGCAGAAGUCAUAUUUUUGCCUGUGUGAUGUCACUUUGGUUUGGUAGAAACAGUCUUUUGCUGUGAGCACACAGACAGGAAGAUGGUAUGGAGAUCUUCAUGAUGCAGUUUUUUUUUAGUUUGAAGCUUCAUGAGUAUAAUUAAUAAAUAUUUUUUGUUUCAAAUCAAAAGUUUGGUAUCUGUUGGGUUUAAAUGCUACUGCUAUACGGUCUUCAGAACGUCACCUGACCUUAGUUCUGAAUUAUUGACAGAUUUCCUGAUAAAAAAUUGUUUUGGAAAAGUCAUGCAAUAACCUGUUUAAUCAUCAAAGUAAUAAAGUGUAAAAAUUGAUGGUUUGUUCCUUUACUGCUCCCUCUGGGAAGGUUUUGUCAAACUUUCAAGGGUUGGAGUGUCUCCUUAUUUUAAUAAAUAAAUCAAAAAUAAAUAUUUGAAUUUCCA